GUUGAUUGUAGGUUAUCUUAGUCUUGGUGUGAACACCAUAUCCACACACCCUCAUCACCCUACAUCUUCUGUGCAAACCAAAAUGGUCUCGACUAACCCUUGUGAUAAAAUCCACUGCACAGAAGAUGAGGUAUGUGGGAAAAUAUAUGGAAUCAAUGGCUGCUUGUGCAAGAAGAGCCAUCACCAACCUAUCCCAGAGUCAUUUGGAUUAGUUGCCACAUGCCACAAUAGCUCCUGCUGGAUUUCACUGUCCCGCUGCCUCCUUUUUGAGGCUGGCUUUCCUGCUCAAGUUCUACACCUCAACGAUCCGGGCUGCACAGGCACAGUCCUAGAUGGACAGGUGAAGUUCCAUUUCAACAAUGACCACCAGAAAUGCGGAACUGUUCUAAGGGCCAAUAAAACCCACUUCAUCUACAAGAAUUCUAUUCAGGGGACAUCUGACUCUGCAGAAGGUCAUAUUAUUAGCAGACAGAGACAACUGAGUCUGCAUUUUGUCUGUGAAUAUCCUAUAAAACAAAAUGCUUCCAUGGAUGUGGCUAUCCAUGUCUUAAAAAGUGUUACACAUCAGAAGCUGCCUGCAGUACACGGGACAUACCAAGUUCAGAUAACUCCAUAUAAGGAUGCAGACUUCACACAGCAAUUCAGUGGCAAUGUGGCUGGGCAACCUGAGGAGACUAUCUACAUAGCCGUGGACGUGGAAGGAGUGGACGGCCGCCAGUUCUCCAGUGUGUUGGACUUCUGUUGGGCCACACCCAUCAAUGACUCAACCUCCUCCAUCAACUGGGACCUCAUCGCUAAUCAGUGUCCCAACCCGGAAGAUGGCACGGUGAAGGUGCUGAGAAAUGGGGUGUCCACAAGCAGCCGUUUCUCCUUCAGGAUGUUCACCUUCGGUGUGCCCCCCUCUCAGGUGUACCUCCACUGCAGCCUUCACCUCUGCCUUCUGGAGCUAGGCCACAGCUGCAUCCCGAACUGUGACCAUGUCCAUCAGCACAAAGGCCGCAGAUCUGCAGACGACCAAGACAAUAUCACUGUUUCUUAUGGGCCACUAUUCCCUGCAAGGAAUACAGAUGUGCUUGAUGUCCUGGCUCCACUGCCAAAGAGACGCUCUCCUAAGCUGUAAACAUCUGUCAUUUCCAUACCCUGGCAUUAUCUGGAAUCGUACCUUUUAAUAAAUACUUUUGAGAAGUAAA